AAAAAAAUCUUCCUCACUGCACCAUGUGUGGUAAUAGGCUUGGCUGCCACACUAUUUAAACAGAGGAUAUACUAAGGAACAAGGAGUAUCAAUGAGAUCAAACAGGAGAUGCCCCACCAUCAAUGAGAAGGGAGGACAGGCUGUGUCACCUUAGAGAACCCUUAACACAAAGGAAAAAGAACUCAGCUGUUACUUUUUUUUUUAGCAAUUUUCUUAUUUUUUAAUUUACAGUUUUAAGGUUGCAGUUGCAGAGUUUAAGAUUUUCUCAAGGAUUAGGCUUGUGUAAUUUUUUUUUUUUUUUACAUUUUUAAAGAUGUCAUCUUUUUUAUUGUCCAACAUCUUAAUGGUGACUUUGGUGAUUGUUGUAAAGAGCAACGUGGCGGAUGAUAAAAAAAUGAAUAUGUUAGUCCUUUUGCCCAAGGAUGAUAACUAUAUGUUCUCGAUAAAUAGGGUGAAGCCUGCUAUUGACUAUGCCAUGAGGUCCGUAGAGAAGAAUACCAGUCUCCUGCCAGGUUUUACGUUCAACGUCACGUAUCAGGACUCAGACUGCGGCAACCAGGCGCUUUUUAGCCUGGUGGACACGGUGCUGAAGCAAGAGAAGCCGGACGCCAUCCUGGGUCCGGUUUGCGAGUACGCCGCGGCGCCGGUGGCGAGGCUAGCCUCCCACUGGAACAUUCCCAUGAUCUCGGCCGGGGCGCUGGCCACGGGGUUCAUGCAGAAGUCCGAAGAGUACUCCCACCUAAUCCGAGUGGCACCUGCCUACACCAAGAUGGCCGAGGUGUUCUUAGCCAUGUUUCGCUACCACAAGUGGAGCAAGGCGAUGCUGCUGUAUAGUGACGACAACCUAGAGCGGAACUGCUUUUUCACCUUGGAAGGGGUCCACACUGCCUUUAAGGAAGAAGGUUAUCACAUGUCUGUCUAUAACUUUCACGAGACAAAGCAUGUGGAUCUGGAGGACAUUGUGCACUCCAUUCAGAAUAAAGAAAGAGUGGUGAUAAUGUGCGCCAGCAGCGACACAGUCAGGAACAUUAUGUUAGCUGCACAUCGACAGGGACUGACCAAAGGGGACUAUGUUUUCUUCAACAUUGAACUUUUCAACAGUUCAUCUUAUGGAGAUGGCUCGUGGAGGCGAGGAGACAAGCACGACGUUGAAGCAAAGCAAGCGUACUCAUCCCUGCAAACAGUCACUCUACUCAGGACAGUAAAACCAGAGUUUGAGAAGUUUUCCAUCGAGGUGAAAAAUUCUGUUCAAAAGCUGGGACUCAAUGAAGAUGAUUACGUCAAUAUGUUUGUGGAAGGAUUCCAUGAUGCUAUUAUCCUAUAUGCUUUAGCAUUACAUGAACUAUUGAAGAGUGGUUUCAGUAAAAAAGAUGGAGAUAAACUGGUUCAUCGGAUGUGGAACAGAACAUAUGAAGGUAUUGCCGGUCAGGUGUCCAUCGAUGCUAAUGGAGACCGCUAUGGGGAUUUCUCAGUGAUUGGCAUGACGGACCUGGAAACAGGUACACAAGAGGUGAUUGCAGACUACUAUGGAAUUCAAGGAAACUUUGAACUCCGACCAAACGUGAAGCUCCUGUGGGGAUCUGGUAGAAUAAGACUAGAAGAUAAUAAAGUAUUCGAACAGGUGCCACCAUGUAAAACAUCAGGUGGCUUAGGAGAAUCGGCAGUUACCGGUAUUGUGGUCGGCGCCUUUCUAGGCACAGGACUAUUAAUGGCAUUCUACUUUUUCAGGAAGAAAUACAGAAUAACUAUUGAAAGGCGAAAUCCUCAAGACGACUGCAACAUCGGUAAACACAGGCAACUUCGAGAAGACUCCAUAAGAUCUAACUUCUCUGCGGCCUAAUUUAAAUUUAUAUAUACGAUUUUAUGAAGAUGCAACCAAAGACAUCUCUGCGUCAGAUGGAUCGCUCAAAGAAGAGUAGCAGAAUCAUAUUCUUGUUUUUUUUUAUUUUUAUUUUUCAGAAUCUCAGGAAUGAUUUAGUAAUCAUACGAUGCCACAUGGCCUUUCAUCUCAUGAAAAGGGACAGUUUGAAGCAAAUUGGUAAAAUUUGCGCUGGAUAAAAUGUUUUAUUUUUUUUGUUAUCAUAGGGCCCUUUGCAAUUUUUUUUCUUAGAUGAAGGUGACACUUUCCUGUUGAAUUUACAGUUUUUUUUUAAAACUGUCAUGUCACAUAGUUUUAUUAGCUAAUAAAGUGGCAUUGUCAAAAAUUUCACAGUUUAUUUUAACAAGAUGUAGAAAAAAAUGUAAUUGAUUUUUUAAUUUUUUUUUAAUUACAUGCAUUGAAUUGCAGCUGAAAAUAUGGUAGCUGAAACUAUUUUCAAUGCGACAAUUUGCUUAGCAAUUUUAAAGGUACAUAAAAGAGCCUAAAUUGACUCUGCUGAGUUGAAUGCAAAUACAAUGAAGCACUGAAGCCCAAAUUUCUGUCCAACUUAUUGAAUUUUUCAGGUUUGCUCAGUCCCUGUAUAGCUCUUUUGUAUGACUUAGAGCUGUAAAUGAAAGGUCACCCUUUUAGUGAGCACAGGCCAUGAUUGUAAUCCUGUGGAUGUUAUAAUGCUUUGCCGUAUUAUAUAUAUUCAGGAUAACUUAGCUGAACUGGUUGUUCAGUUUUUUUUUUUUGUUGUUGUAUAGGUUUUAUUUAAUAUUGAUAAAACAAGCUGUGUUAACAGUUGAACAUAUCUUCCUCUACUACAGGCGUAAUAAUUUGAAACUACAAAAAUUCCAAAGCUUAUCAAGGUUUCAUAUUCUUGGAAUUUGAAUUUGGAACUCUAGUUAAAAAAAAAUGUAAUACUCAAAAUUGACGUAGCCGUAUAACUAUUAGUUCCGUCUUAGUGCCUAUGAUGAAACGGUUAGACCAAAAGCAAUCUGUUGUUUGUUGAACUUGAGAGAGGACGUGGUGCUGCAGUUGAUAGUGUGGUCCCAGCUGGGCACUUACUCUGGAAAAGCAUAAA